AUGAAUUCUGCCAUAUUUAACCAAUCGACCCCCGGGGUUUUCUGUGGCCCCCGGUCUUUGCACUUCCCUUCUCGCCUUAAAGUUCGUUUCCUGCUUACUGCGUGCUGCUUGAUAUUCCUUGCAGUAACGGUGUUCCUGGGGAUCGAGAUGCAUGUCAGGAACUACCUUUCGGCCGCCAUUUACGCGUUGCCGACUUUGGCACAAGGAUCCUUGGCCGGCAACACGGAGAGCACAACUGAUGACCCCUUUGAGGUCUAUACCAUCAGCGCGGAAAAUAUCACCGCCAAGUUCAUACCAUAUGGGGCCCGCUUAACAUCGGUGCUCGUGCCUGAUCGGUCGGGCAAUGUGCAGGAUGUGGUCAUGGGCUACGAUGACCCCAAGCAGUACCUGAUCGAUACAGAGACCAGUCACACCUACUUUGGUGCCGUUGUGGGCCGCUACGCCAACCGCAUCAAGAAUGGGACCUUCACAAUCGACGGAGUCGAAUACCAUGUUCCUGAAAAUGAAAAUGGCGGGAUUGACACCCUCCAUGGGGGCUUUGUUGGCUACGAUCAGCGUAAUUGGACCGUCACCGCACACACCACAUCGUCGGUUACCUUCACUCUUCUUGACAAGGGAUUUGAAAGUUUUCCGGGAGACGUGAUCACCCAUGCUACUUACACUGUCGAUACCAAAGUCACUUCAGAGAACCCCCGAGGUUUUCCACAAUUGACCUCCAAGUUGGUCUCUCUUGCCCUGACGGAGAAAACCCCUAUUAUGCUUGCCAAUCACAUCUAUUGGAACCUAAACGCAUACAAGGAAUCUACGGUUCUCAACGACACGUUCUUGCAGCUCCCACUAUCUCAUCGCCUUAUUGCCGGCGAUAGCAUCCUGAUUCCAAACGGGACGAUCUUGGAGGCUGCCGAUUCCUAUGGUGGCAGCGUAGACUUUACGGCUGGGAAGUUAGUGGGAGAGCAUAUCGAAGAUACCUACGGGCUAUGUGGUGACGACUGCACUGGUUACGAUACUUGUUUCCUCGUCGACCGGCCCCCGUGGUACCCAGCGACGCCAAACACACUGGUCCCCGUUCUUCGGAUGAAUUCCAGCACCACAGGCAUCAGCCUAGAAGUGUCCACCAACCAGGCUGCACUUCAGAUCUUCACAUGUGACUCGCAAAAUGGUACUAUCCCGAUUAAACCGUCUCAGGUGAAGCGUAAUGAGGCCGAUGGCCAUGGCGGCACCAACUAUCUCAACCAGUACGGCUGCGUUGUGGUCGAAACAGAAGGCUGGAUUGACGGCAUCAACAACCCACAAUGGGGCCAAUUACCGCAACAAGUCUACUCGCCGGAGGACGGUCCGGCCAUCAAUUGGGCGACAUACAAGUUUGGGACUAUUGAGUAG